GGAUGAGCAGGGGAUCGGAGAGCUGGGUGUUCUACACACAGAUGUUGCAAGGCUUUAUGACUUGCUGAAAGUAUAAACCAUGUUAUGUUGUGGACAGUCUGAUUUUGGUCAACUUGGAAUAAUUGAUAGUUCAACAGAUGUGCUAGAACUUUGCAUGUCUACAUUCUCCCAUGCAAAUCUUAUCAAAGAGGUGGCCUGCGGACUGAAACAUUCAGUAUUCCUGUUGGAAGAUGGGCGGGUGUACAGUUCUGGCCACAAUGGUAUGGGCCAGUUGGGACAGGACCAUGGCAAACCAGAACCAGGUCAUGUGACCGCUCUGGCAGAUGAACAUAUAAUUCAUGUUGCUUGUGGGCAAUCUCAUAGUUUGGCGCUCACCAACCAGGGUCAACUCUUUUCCUGGGGAGCAGGCACCGAAGGACAACUGGGUCACUCCACCACAGACGCUUCCAUUCCAGUACCAAGGUUAAUCAAGAAGUUGAGUCAGCAGAAAAUUCAGCAGGUCUCCUGUGGUAACCAUCAUUGCUUGGCUCUUGCGGAUGAUGGCCAGCUAUAUACAUGGGGACAGAAUAACCACGGGCAGCUGGGUUUGGGCAGCGGAUUUGGCUCUCAGUCAAGCCCACAACGAGUGAAGUCCCUGGAGGGAAUCCCCCUGGCUCAAGUCGUUGCUGGUGGCUAUCACAGCUUUACACUGUCACUUUCUGGUGCUGUUUUUGGAUGGGGAAAGAACAGCGAGGGGCAGCUUGGUCUAAAUGAUGAGAAAGUCAGGGAGUCUCCUUGUCUCGUGAAACCAUUGAGAACCCAUAAGGUUGUGUAUAUCAGUUGUGGGGAAGGACACACUGCCAUCCUCACAAAGACUGGUGGUCUGUUCACAUUUGGAGCAGGGAGUUAUGGGCAGCUUGGACAUGACAGUCUUCAUAAUGAAAUAAAUCCCAGAAGGGUCCUGGAACUGAUGGGAAGUGAGGUGUCUCAGAUUGCAUGCGGCAGGCAUCACACCCUUGCUUUUGUGCCUUCUUCAGGAAUCAUCUAUGCAUUUGGUUGUGGAGAGCUGGGCCAGCUGGGCACCGGGCUAACAUGCAAUGUAAAUUGUCCCACUGUAGUCAAAGGGAAGUGGGCUGCACACCGUGGUCAGAUACCAACUCAGGAUGAUCCCACCACAUAUAACAUCAUCAAGCGCAUCUUCUCUGGAUGGAAUAAAACCUUUGUGCUUUCUUCAGAGGUGAAGAACGCUCAACCUGCAGAUGAUUUUCGUUCCUGCAACAACAGGAAUUACCCCAGUCAGAUAAAUGAGGAAACAGUUGAUGUCUGGAGACAGAAGCUACUGGAUAAUAGUAACUCCAAUACUAUUAAUUGCCUUGUCCAAACUUUGUCAUCCUCUUCCUGCUGGAAUGGGAGCUUCCUGGAAAAAAGGAAUGAUGAACAUUUUAAAACAAGCCCAAAGAUUCCUGGUAUUGACAUGAGCUCCAUCAAAGUGCUGUUUGAGAAGCUGAUGAGCGCCCAUCAUUCCAGACUGCUAGAGCAGAUUGUGAAAGGGUUUGAGAGCUUUCUAAUACCACAACUAUCCAGCUCUCCUCCUGAUGUGGAAGCAAUGAGAAUCUACCUCAUCCUUCCAGAAUUCCCUUUGCUUCAGGACUCCAAAUACUAUAUCACACUAACACUUCCAUUAGCCAUGGCAAUCCUACGACUAGACACCAAUCCAAGCAAAGUUUUGGAUAACUGGUGGUCUCGGGUUUGCCCCGAUUACUUCUUCAAGUUAGUAGACCUAUAUAAAGGCACAGUGGUUUAUCUGCUAAAUGGAAAGAAGACCUUACUGAUCCCUAUGUUGUUCACAAGCUAUAUCACUGCUGCUCUCAGACUUCUAGAGAAGCUGCACAAGGUCAACGUAAAUGCUCGACAUGUAGAACAUGAGAAAUUCUACAUCCCUGAAAUCUCCACUUUAGUGGAUAUUCAAGAAGAUUACCUUACGUGGUUCUUAAACCAAGCGGGAUUGAAAGUUCGUCCCUCUAUCAUGCAGGAUUCUGUUACUCUCUGUUCUUACCCAUUUGUGUUUGAUGCCCAAGCUAAGACCAAAAUGCUACAGACAGAUGCAGAGUUGCAGAUGCAGAUAGCCAUUCAUGGAGCUAACCUGCAGAAUAUGUUUAUGCUGCUGACCUUGGAGCCAACGCUGGCCAAAAACCCCUUCCUGGUGCUGCACGUGCGCAGGUCCUGCCUGGUGGCUGAUGCGUUGCGAGAGCUCAGUAUAUACUCUGAUAUAGACUUAAAGAAACCUUUGAAGGUGAUAUUUGAUGGAGAAGAGGCUGUGGAUGUUGGAGGUGUCACUAAAGAAUUCUUCCUGUUGCUCCUCAAAGAACUCCUGAAUCCCAUCUACGGGAUGUUCACUGUCUUCAAAGAAUCCAACCUGCUCUGGUUUUCAGACAUAUGUUUUGUGGAGCACAACUGGUUCCAUCUCAUCGGUGUGAUGUGUGGGUUAGCAAUCUAUAACUUCACAGUAGUGGACCUGCACUUCCCCUUGGUGCUGUAUAAGAAGUUACUCAAUGUCCCGGCAACUUUAGAGGAUCUUAAGGAGCUGUCACCCACUGAAGGAAGGAGCCUUCAAGAACUCUUGGACUACCCUGGAGAAGAUGUGGAAGACACUUUCUGCCUAAAUUUUACAAUUUGUAGAGAGAGCUAUGGACUGACAGAAACGAAACCUUUAGUCCCUGGAGGAGACCAGAUGACUGUGAGAAAAGACAACAGGAAGGAGUUUGUAGAUGCCUACGUGAACUAUGUGUUUAACCUGUCCGUGCAGGAAUGGUAUGAGGCAUUUUCAACAGGCUUCCUGAAAGUAUGCGGGAGUAAAGUGCUGGAGCUUUUCCAGCCGUCGGAACUGAGGGCCAUGGUGGUUGGGAGCAGUGACUACAACUGGCAGGAGCUGGAGGAGAGCGCGAGCUACAAAGGAGAAUACUCAGCUAUGCACCCUACAGUGAGAAUGUUUUGGGAGACCUUUCACGCAUUACCUUUGGAGAAGAAAAAGAAGUUUCUGUUAUUUCUAACUGGCAGCGAUCGUAUUCCUAUUUACGGAAUGUCAAGCCUCCGAAUAAUCAUCCAGUCGGUGCCCAGCGGGGAGGAUCAUCUACCGGUGGCUCAUACAUGCUACAAUCUUUUGGGCCUGCCCAAGUACACAAACGUAGAAACUCUCCGGAUCAAACUAAACCAAGCAAUCGAUCACUACGAGGGCUUCAGUUUGGAGUGAGAAAUAAAACAGAUUUUACACGCAAACAUGCACUUUAAUACUCAAUGUAAAAUGUACCCAUUGUCUACAAUUCAAGAAACCAGUUUCUAUUUUUAUAAUUUAAUUAACCAAAAAAGAGAGAAGGAAGCGGCAAUGUCUUUGUCAUCCGUGCAUCAUGAAUCUUUUUCUCUGUAUUUCUGGUGUAUUGGUUAUUAAAAACCUUUUUAACAAAAAAAAA